AUGAUGUUCGCAGACGACGUAGUGAUCUGUCGUGAAAACCGGGAAGAAGUGAAGACAGAGUUAGAUAGGUGGAGAUAUGCACUGGAGAGAAGGGGAUUGAAAGUGAGCAGGACGAAGACUGAGUACAUGUGUCUCAACGGAGGUGAUGGGGAGACAAUAAGGCUACAAGGUGUGCAAAUGACAAAGGUAGACGAAUUUAGAUAUUUGGGGCCCACGGUACAAAGUAAUGGAGACUGUGGUAGGGAGGUAAAGAAGAAAGUGCAAGCGGGAUGGAAUGGGUGGAGGAGGACGGCAGCAGUGACAUGUGACAGAAAGGUUUCCACAAGAACAACAGUAGUGAGACCGGCCAUGCUGUACGGUAUGGAAACAGUACCACUAACGAAAAAGCAGGAAGCGGAGUUGGAAUUAGCGGAAUUGAAGAUGUUGCGAUUUGCUCUUGGAGUGACGAGGAUGGAUAAAAAUCAGAAAUGA